UUCCACUAGGCGAACAUGUAACUCACAUAUUACUAGCCGAAUUCGAUAUUGACAAAGGCUCUUCGUUGACCCAUCAAUAUCCUGAUGCCACCGGUACAGAUGAACAUUUAUUAGCAGAAUUAAUGUUACCGGAUGGAGCUCACUUACGCGCGGAAGAUUGGACGGUAUUCUUUUUAAAUCAAACAAUUCCGGAUCCUGAUAAAAUAUCUAUUGAUGAAAACCCUACCUAUCACACACCUAGCAAUUCGCAAGAUCAUGAUCAAGAAAAACCUUUACUGUAUGCUUUGAAUUUGGUGAGGACCAGACAUGAUAAAGAAGCCAGAAG